UCUGUUUAUGUUUACAAUAUUCCACAACAAUAAUUAAAGGAGUAAUCAUGGAAUUUCAUCAAAGAUUUGGAAAUUCUCUACCUAUCUAAUUUAAAGUGAGCAAAUUAUUAAUUAUUAUUAUUAUUAGAUAAUAUUAAAAAUAUAACAAUGAAAUAAAUCAUUGUAAUUUUAAAAAUCAUGGCAUGUCUAUAGUAGUUAGUUAAUUUAAUAUAGUAACCAAAUAUAAAUUUUGUUAUAAUCAGUUAUUCUCUAAUAACAAAUGUUAUUACAUUGAUUUAGUAUUUAUUUCCAGACUUGACUAAAAGGAAAAAAACUUUACUAAUACUUUAAAACCUUAACAGUUUAUUGAGAUUCACUUGUUUUUAUUACAAUGAAUUAUCAUUACUUUCACAAAAUAAGCUAAAUUACCCUAUAUAUAUAUAUAUAUAUAUAUAUAUAGUAAUAUAUUGUAUACCCUAUGUACCCUUAUAUACUAUACCUUUCAAAAUUCACACUUAUACUCCUGGUAUGAAUUAUAUCUAGUUUUUUAAAUUUAUUAUGCUUUUUGAUGGGGACAUCUAUUUAAAAAAAAAUUAAAUUUUCAUUUUCAUUUUUUGAUUUUAAAAAGAAAAAUAACAUUAUAUUUCACUUUACAAUAUUUUCAAAAUAGCAAUCUUGUAAAGAUUAUUCUACAAAUUAAUUGUAUUACACAUUUAUAUUAGAUUAAGUAUUUAAUGACAGGCAGUUUAAUUUCUAACAAUAAAUUAAGUUAUUCCCUAUCCCGUUAUGCAGUAGUCUGGCUUUUCACACCUUUUCUAUAAAAAUUAGAACAGGUGUUACGAAACAAGUGAUCAGAUAUGAAUGUAUGAUAGGUACAUUAACAUCUUUAAAAAAAUAUAUUUUACAAAUUUUGUACAGUAAAUAGAUGAAUUGUUAUUAUUUGUUUUAAACAUUUUGGGAUAAAAAUAAAAAUGUAUUUUUCUCUGGAUAGAUGUCCCUUUCAAAGAGUAAAUUGAAAAAAAAAUUGAAUAUUAAUAGCUUUAGACAAAUUUGUUAAACACGUGGGAUCAUGUACAUAUUUUAAAUAAUAGUCGUGAGUGUACAAUGGGCAAUAUAUCAUAUCUAUAGUAGUUAUAAAUUAUGCAUUUAAAUAUCAAUUAGCUUCAAAAUUAUAAAAAUGUGUUAAUUCAAACAAUUUAACAUUAUUAAUAUGCUGUAUUUAUAGUCCAAUGUCAUUGAUUAUUAUUUUAGUAUAAUAUUGACUUCAGCAGCAGAUUAAGGAGAUGCCCCCCCCCCCCUUGACAGUCAUAUUUGUAGUUAUAGUAGUUAUAAUAUGUAAUAUGAGUUAAUUAUGGUUAUAAAUCACUGUUCAAAUUGUAGUUGGACCAAUAAUUAUUACAUUAGUUGAUAAUGUUGAUACUUCAUUGUAAUUUUAUCAGUAUUAUAUAUUUAGUGUUCAUUGUUUAAAAUUAAUAUGAACAAUUUUGGGACCACUACCCAUAAAAAAAAAAAACAAAAAAAAUGUGACUGAAUAUAAAAAAAAGCCUUUUUAUAAAAAACAAAGAACGAAAAAAUAUUAUUAUGUAAAAUGAACUUUCUUAACACUGAUAAUAGAUAACCCAUAUACAUACAUAAGUAUUACACUAUAUUUAUGAGUUUUAAUGAAUAUUUUUAAAUAUUGAAAUUCAUGUGUUCACCAAAUUUUUUUCAUUUUUUUCUAUCUGUAAACAACUUUUCUACCAGAGAUUCGAUUUUUAAGUGUAGCACCUUUUCUGAAACAAAAUCGGUAUGGGGAAGUAUUUUAACACGGUCAUUUUUUUAUUUUCCCAAUUGUUUUCCUAGCAAAUGUGAACAACCAUAAAAUCGUAGGAAAAACAGGAAAAUCUGUACAUCACACAAAUAUUAUUAAAGAAAAUAAUAUAUAAUGGCUAUUUAACUAUUUUACCAUAAUAUGACGCAUUUAUUGUUGACAAAGCAUAACUAUCAACUGAACUUCGCUGAGAAUCUCUUUUCGUUAGCAAUGGUUUUUAUGAUUUCUUACAGAUACCUUUACAUUAAAUUAACUAUAAUAAUUGGCUAAUAAUGGUUCCCAAUAUUCUAGGACGAAUUUUUUUUUUUUUAUUUAUAUAAAAUUAGACAUUUGAUUUAAUAUGUUAUUUUAUAUUUGAGAUGAACCUAGUAGGUAUUUUUUUACACUCCAUGGUACAUAUGUAAUAUGAUUAAUAUUACAUGAUAAUAUAAUAAUAUAAUUUAUUUUCUUUUUGAAUUUAAUAUAAAUAUUUGAUUAUUGUGCCAAUACCUAUGCAUGAUGUAAUAUACCUAUUGAUUUUUAAAAAUAAAUAAUUAUAAAUUAUAAAUCAUACUCAUAUAAUACCAAAUUCCUUUUUUCAAACUUUUCUCAUUUUGAGUAAAAAUAUUUAGAUAACUUAUUUUUUCUACUACAUGCUAUAGCCAUAGGUUUAUUUUAUAUUGAUUUUUAAAUAGGUAUUUUGUACUUGCCCUACAUUAGUAGUCAUUUUUGUUAUUUUUGAUUAUGAACAGCAGAUUUUGAAAGCUUGCUCCAAUAAUUAUUUUUAUGAAAACAUUUAAAAUAUUAUCAUUGAAUAUAUAAUAUAGUCAAUGAUAGAUAUUAAAAUAUAGUGCAGGUACCUAUUAUAUGGUACUAUAUAACAUUAUGUAGUACUAACCAAUAAUUUUACUUCUUUUUAUUUUAAUAUAACUUUUAUAUUAUAAUAUUUAAAAUAAAUGUAUUACUUUUUUAUCACUUGCUUUUUUGUCAUUCACUCUUUAUUCACUUGCAUUUUUUUUCUCAUCCCAUUGAAACAAUUACGGUUGGAUAGUGACUAAUAGUGUGGUUAGGAUUUUGAUGCAAAUUGCAUUUUUUGACAGAUGUCCUAAAGCUAUGCUUUUCAAGCACAAAAUUUGUUUCAUAUAUUAAAGAAUUAAAGUAUGAAACUUAUUUUGCAUUUUUAUAAAAAAAUUUAAGUUUUUAAGGCAUUUUUUCUUCCUUUUACAAACUAUUCAUAUUUGUAUUAAAAAAUUUGAUACAAUUUAUUUUGAUUUCCUACUAAAAGAAUAAAAUUCAGAAAUUCAUAUUUCUAUUUUUAAUAUGGAUUAGGUAUAAAUUUACCGAUUAUACCAGAUAAAUACAAUGCUAGCUGCAAUAAAGAAAACAAUUAGCCAUUUAUUGAGUUUUAAUGUAGUUAUAUUGUAUUAUUUGUACUGUUGUGUUAAGUAAAUUUAUAUACCUACCUACCGAAUAAAAACAUUUUUUUCAACUUUUAAAAUAAUUUUUAGAGCAUUUUUAAGACAUUUUUAUUGUUUAAUAUAUGAUUUAAAUCCGCACCCUACUAAUAAGCAUUGAUUAUACAAUAAACUGCAUGUGAUUGAAAGUAAUUUUCAACCCAAUGUUUUAAUGUUGAUACCUAUCCAAUCAGAUUAUCCUUCAAAAACUAAAUGAAUACAAUAAAUUAUAAAUAGAUAUUCCCAAGUUUAACAAAAAUAUACAAAAUCGGUAUUUUAAUAUUCAAAUUAAUAUAAAAUCGUUCAUCGUAGUACCUACUGUGUAUGUAUAUUAUUAAACUACAUCAUCUUUUAAUUGGCGAGUGGCCACUCUCCUUUACAUAAUUUAAAAUUUCGAAAACUGAAAAUAUAUGUUGAUGUUUUGUGUUUUAAAUUAUUUUAUUUUUAUUUACCUAAUAUUAAUACAAAAUUAUAUAACAAAAUAUAGUUAAAGAGUAAUGAUUAAAUAAUUAAAAUAAGUAAUAAUUCACCAACUAAUAGUUAGUAAUAAUAUGUACAAAUGUAGUUUAAAUUUUAUUCUUAAUAAAAUUGUGUUCCUUAUUAUUACGAAUUCUUUCAAUACAAUCUUCAAAAUAAAUAGAAAUUACACAACUCACAGUGAGAUAUUUUCAAUAUUUCGUAACUAAAAUAUAAUUAUACUAUAUAGCAGUAGUUCCCAACUUCUCCUAUUAUACGCCCCCUUUGUAGAUUUACAAAAAUCAGGUGCCUCCCCCCUAUAUUAUAUAAAUUGAAAAAAAUGAUAAUCUUUUUUUUAUACUUUACGAAUAAACUAUACACGAUUCGGAAUGACUACUAUGUUACUGAUUAUAAUAAUAAAAUAUAAAUAAUAUUAAAUAAUAUAUGUAAUGAAAUAAUCUCUUCCAAAGAGCUGCCGCUGUUAAAAUUAUUUUUUGAGCUUGAAUCGUUCUUCAGCUCGAUUGCUUGUUCUUGAAAUGUAUCUGGUAAUGUGUCUGGUGUCUACGUUAGUAUUGAACGAACAACUUGUAAGCGUAUAUUGCCAACUUUCGUUCAAAAGAUCUAGACAGUAUCGUAUGAAUUCAUCUGUCAAACUGUCGAGAUGUUUAAUCACUAUAUUAUUUAUAAUAUUUCUAUUAAAAUUUCAUUAAAAUAAAAAAAUAAUUUUAUUUUCCAAUCCAGCCAGACGAAAGGAUUCUUAUUCAUCAGAGAGAAGUUUGUUCAGUCGACGGAAAGGCGAAAAAAUAGGAAUCUUUGUUUAUUCGGAAUUUCCACAGAUAUAUAUUUUUUGGAAAUAAGUUGAUAGAAUCGUUGACGGUUAUGACGUUCGUAUUACACCCUUGUAAUUUGAGAUUUAGGUUAUUAAUAGUUUCAAAAAAUCUGCUAGAUAAGCAAAGUAGAAUGUGAAAUUUUCAAUAGUAAAAUUCUCAUGAAUAUUGUCUUUUCCUAAUUGUAAAAACAUAAUUUCGAUUUUAAUUUGUACAAACAUUCAAACAUAUUCCUUUUGGAUAACCAAUGAACCUCUGUAUGGAAUAAUAAAACAGAAUUUUAAGCGAAUAGCUGAACAAAGAAUCUUAAAAAUACGCGAAUGGAAUGCACUGCUUUUAAAGGUGUUAAAAUUUUUUAUACAUACAUGAGUUCAAAAGUACAUUUUUAAGUUCAGGUGGCAGCGUUUUUGCAACUAAAGCUUAUCUAUAUAUUACGCAAUGAGAACCAAUUAUUGACGGGUUAGAUUCUUUCAAUCUUUUGCGAGCUUUACAAAACCCGAUUGUUACCCUAGCAUUACAGGGACACAGUCUGUACACACACACACAAUAUUUUUCCAAUAGAUACCAUUUUGAUCAAAAAAUAUGUUGAUGGCAGAAAGUUGAUCACUGCCUAUUGCAGAGGUGUAAUUAAAGACUUAGGAAAAAAGAAGUUCUUUUGUAACAUACUGUUCAUUUAUAAAACGGCAGUAAACUAAUACCUGGCAAUAAUGAGCCAUAUCAGUUGAGUCACCAUACUGAAUCGCAAAGAAUACGGAAUAUUGUAAUUUACGAAUCAAUUGAUUUUUAUAUCUAAUACGAAUUCAUCUGUGUCGUUUUACUGUAUUAUCUGAUAGAGAUAUUUAAACUAUUUUCCUUUUACUUUCUUCACCAAGUACUAUUUCAACAGCUUUAAGUAUGGUAGGCUUAAUUAAUUUUUCACCCAAUAAGGUAUGUGUGGUUUCUUUUGCUAAGCCACAAUAAAGGCGAUAUGAUAUGCAACUUCAACAAUUUUUUCAUUGUUCUGUUGAAAUUCUCUAGUACUGUCAAAUUUCAUUUUACUUAAAGAGUUAGCAAUGAAAAACUCUUAGGUUUUUCUUUUAGCAUCGGAUGAACUGUGGUUAAAUGUCGUUCUAGUCGAUUUGAUCGGAGAGCAUCGUUACUCAACACAACAUGACAAAUAACACACUGAGGCUUUUGUACACCAUUCUUGUCAAUAAACGAAAAACUAAACUUGACAUAAUCAUCGAUAUACAUUCUUAUUUUUGGGGGAACUAUUAUAAAUAUAACUUCAAAUGUAAAAAUAUUACUAUGAUGUAAAUACACUCGUGACGAUUACGACAUUAUACAUGCAUAGUGCAACAGCAAAACGAAACUAAAUCGAGUCUAAACUAAUUUCAUAACUUUCUCCUAGCAUCCUUUUAUCCCACUGAUUAAUAUAAGGACUCCAUUUUUAAACACUCGUAAUCCUUAUUGAUAUUCGAUAACCGGUCGUUAUUAAUUUUUCAUUUUUUCCCUGCAUUGUAAUACAAAAAUAAUUAAAUAAAUAUACAUUUUACUUCGUAAUGACUGCUUGCGCCUCUCCAGCAAUGUUUACAGUGGUGUGCCUAAGAGUUUUAAAUGGUUGGAGAUGUAACAAUUAAAAACCGUGAAUAAAGAGUAAAAUUGUCUUCUUUACCUAACUCGACUAUGAGAAUUGUUAAUUUAAAAACCAUAUCCUGAAAAAAAAGUCAAUUUAUUAUUAAUACGUCAAGCUUUUCUUCGGAAAUCGGCUGAAACUUAUGAGUUUCGAUAUUAAAUAUUACUCAUAUUUGUUUACGUAAAUAAGCCAAUGGGAGGGAUAUAAUCUCAACCCCACCGUGCGCACGCCACUGAAUGUAUAUACGCCCCAUGUUGAGAAACAUUGCUAUAUAGGUGUCCUACAGUGUUAACCGAAUAUUAAUAACUCCGCAAUAUUCAUUUUUUUUUCAAUCUCGUUUUGUGUCAAGGGGAAAUAAAUGUAGGGAAAAAUUAACUUUUUGUUAUCAUCCUUUAGACGUAAUCAUUGGAUUUAAAAUUUUUAUUUUUUCAAUUUUUAAAAUUUUCGUAAUAGCCAAUUUGUAAAAUACAUACACUAAACAUUUUAAUGUAUGACACAUUCAUAAAUAUUAAAUUCAUACAUCAAUAGUUCCUUAGUAAUAACCAUUUUAAUAUCUAGAGGUGUGAAAAACAAGAUUACUACAUUUUGCGAAUCAUAAUUUUACUAGAUACACGAUAAUAAAACUAGGUAUCAAAAGAUAACAAUUGUUACUAUUAACGUAUUAGAAAUUAAAAUGACCACUACUAAGAAACUAUUAAUUAUAGAUAUGAAUGCCUGAUGCAUUUGAAUUUUUACAAUAAUAUAUUUUAAAAAAUGGUUAUUUUGAAAAUUUUAAAAAGUAAAAAUAAUUUUUUUUUCAAUGAUUAAGGGAUGAAAAUAAAAAUUUAAUUUUUCCGUACAUUUGUGUUCCCUCUUACACAUAAAACCCGAUUGAAAACAUGUAUUUUUUUUAAAUUAAUAUUUACAGAGUUAUUAGCUUUCAGAUAACACUGUGAGACACUCUGUAUAGCAAUAUUAUAUUCAAUUAAAACUAUUUUAUUUACAUCAAAAUACAUUUUAAUUUGAUUUUAAACAUUAAAUAUAUAAAUUUGUUGAAGUGAAAAUAGAUAAUGAAUCACUAGCGUUAUGUUCAACUGUGUCAGAAUCAUGAAUGAUUUUCUUCGAUGUAGAAAAAAAGCAUAAUAUCCAGCACUUUUUUUGAAAAUUUAGUUUUCUUUCCAGGGAUGAAUUUAAGGGUAGGGGUCUAGAGGAUAUAAUUCUAUAGAUCCUAUUAUUACUAUAUUCCAAUCACUGAUAUGAAUGAUAUAUUAUAUUAUAUUUUAAUUGUAUUUAUGUUGCAAAAAAAUAGUUGGGCCCCCUCCCAGAUCUUUGUUCCGAAUCCAUGCCUGUUUCUUUCUUCGAGAAAGUUUUCUUAUACGUGAUAUCAGGGAUCAGAUGAUAUAAGGAUCAUAUUCAAAAUGUCCUCCAUCGCAGAAUUUUUAAAUACAUGUUUAUAUUUUGAUGCUCUAGUAGGAGUUGUAACUUGUAAGUGUAACAUUUUCCACUAAAUUUGCAUAAUUUUGCUAAAAUGAACAAAGACGCAUUUGAGUAGCAUAUGUAAGUUCUGACAAACUAUUCUCAUUUCUUUUUUUUUUCAGUUUUUCUACGUUUAGUAUUUUUGAUAUAUAAUUAAAAUAUACAUAACUCAAAUAUUGUAUAUUAGUUAUAAUAUAAGAUAUAUUAUACUAUAUGAACACAAAUGCCACAAAUUAUCUGAACCGUUGACACGCAUUGCGCGAUAAUUCUUUAUAAUUUAUUUUCCUUAAAAAUUACAAACUAUUAUAGCUAAAAAAAUAUAUAAUAUUAUAUAUUUUGGAAUCAAGAUGAAAAAUUAUUAAUAAUUUUUUUUGUUGAUUAUCGAUGAUAAAGAAGUCUUGGAUAUUAUAAAUAUUAUAUAGCAAGCAAUUUUAACGCUAGAUUUUAAACAAAUUAUACAAAUAUUCAACGUUGAAUAACCGCUUAGUAAAAUAUAACCUAAUUCUAGUUUUACUGUAAACUAAAAGUUCCUAUACAAUUUAAACAACGUGGAUUCCAUGUAAAAUAAACCAAAUUUAAAAUAACCUCAGAAUCAGUGGCGAUUUUAAAUUCGUUGGGCCUCAUACUAUAAUUUGGUAUACAUAUUUUUGAUAAAGCAUCACUCUCAACUGAACUCUGCUCAGAAUAAUUUUUUCGUAAGCAAUGGUUUAUCAUUGUUUACAAGUUUACAUUAAACUACAUAUAUUUUUUAUUGACUCGAGUACCGGUUUUAGAACACCCUCCUUAAUAUCCAUAUCUCAAAUAUUAUAAUAUGCAAUAAUUUAUUAUUAUUCAUCCUCGUGAUUUUUACAAAUAUGCCGAGCAUAUUAUCAUGCGUUCCUUGUUAUUAUUAAAUUAAUGAGUUUAAAAAAAAACACUGCUUAGAAUCUAAAAUUAUAAUAAAAGGUCAGUUUUUCUUUUUUUUUCAUAGAAGCUGUUCACGACGUCAUAGUCGUGAACUUUGCAAAUUAAAAUAAAUAAUCGUCGGCAUCCGUGUCAUUACGACCAAAGGUCGUCUUACUGACGACCCAGCGUGUCCACAAACGAAAUCAACAGUUCUCCUGAACUCCUCCUUUCAUCCAUUGCAAUAUGCAAAUUCUUAUCUGAUGCCGGGUGUUAUGAUAUUUUUGUUAGCAUGAUGUAAUCGUCUAUGCACCGGCUGCAGUCACCCUUUUUUUAUUUUUGUUACAACCGCCUGCUCGCUGUCUACGAUGUGACAUUAUAAUUACGAGGGACUUAGCAAGAAUCCAUCUUGAAGCUCUUUUUGCCCCACAAGACAUCUGAUCAAACGAUACCACUUCAAUCAAGUCACUGGUUCACUCAUAUUUUGAACACACAGCUGCGUUACCUAACCUCGAUUUAACCACACUCUUGUGGAGCCCGAUGGAGCUGGUCCAUAUUUUUGAGAAAUAUCUAGACUGCGACCCCCGUGCUCAAUGGGAAUUGGUAUUCGGAGACAGACAUCAAUCACAACUGUCCGAAUUCAUCUAGUUCUUACGAAGUCAUGUUCGUUCAGCCGAAGUUCGUUCGGGAUAUUAUAAUAUUUCUUUGGUCCCAGGUUCUGGUUCAGUCAAAUCAGACUCUAAACCACAACAAUCGAAAUGGCAGCGUUCUACAUUGACAUCCAAAGGGCUAUUCACAACCACUAAGCACCUGGCAGCCACGAUCACAACAGCUGCUCAAUCUGUCAGCAAUCCCAUGCAUUACAUAAGUGUGCUCACUAUUUAUGAAUCAGACUCUAACUCUCACAUUUUCCGGUGUCCCAAUGUGAAAAUAACAAAACACUCAAUUUUAUCUGACCUUGUCCGCGUUUUUGACCUACUAGGAUUCCUUUACCUACCACAUUCUUGAAAAAACACAUGAUGCAAUUUCUGUGGAUUUUCUGUGGAAUCGGCUAGGAUGAUCCCAUCCCAGAUCAAGUGCUGACAAUAUGGCAAUGUUACCAAAGUGAACUCCCAUGCAUGCAGCAUUUGAAAAUUCCCCGCCAAAUAACCACAGACGGAACAGUCAAAUAUGAGCUCCAUGCCUUCUUGGACUGCUCAGAGAAAGGUUACUCGGCAGCUGUGUAUCUGCAUUAGGACCACGAAAACGGAAUUAAAUGCCACCUCAUCAACGCAAUAUCAAAGGUAUCACUUCUUAAACGAGUGACUAUUCCUCGUUUAGAGUUGUGUGGCGCAGUAUUGGCCGCUCAACUGCUACAUUUGUACAUGAAGUUCUCAUACCAAUAAUGUCCAUUGAUUCAAUGCACACCUGGACGGACUCGACUACGACUCUCGCUUGGAUCCAAUCGUCUCCAUACAGGUGGGCCAAGUUUGUUGCAGACAGAACCAACCAAUUUUUCACAUUUAAUGAGAAAACUCUUGAGAAAAUCGAAAAAUGCUUCAGUACAAAAAUUUUAAAAAUAACAAUUUGGACAAUUUUAAAAUAGCCAUUGUGUAGGUUUAUUUUUCUGAAAUUUUAAUGUAUCACACAUUAAUAUCCAAUGAAUAGUUUCUAAGUAACAGCCGUUUUAAAUUCUAUUAAUCCAUGUGAAAACCAAUGUUAUCGUGGUUAGGUUAUUCUCUGGAUGUAUCACGAUAUAAACCAUAGUGUAUUACUCCAUGAUAUAAACAAUAUUAUUUGUAUUCAUUAUCUAUCAGAAUUCUAUCCCGAUGCCUAUAAAAUAAUAUCUGCCUAUUAUUAUUAAUUAAUUAUUUAUAUUAAUUUAUACCAAUUUAAUUUUUCUGGUUUGAAUAUGAAUAUUUAUUUUAAUACAUUUAAUUGUAUUAAAACCUACCUUUAUAUUUUCAAUAAUAGUUUUGUAUGGUACUAUUAAAUCAGUGAGAAUCUAAUUUAACCUUACUAACAUAAUCUUUAAUCGUGAUCAUAACCACAGCCAUUAUAGCAGUGAACAUAACCUAAAAAUGAUACCAUUUUGGAAGUAUUUGAUAAGAAUCCCUAAGAGAUGAGUAUUGAUUAAAUAAUGUAAAAAUUAUUAAUUUUAAUUAAUUAUUAAUUAAUUAAUUAUUAAAUUAGAAAUCAUAUGUACAUUUAUUAAUAAGCUUUUAAUAUAUUAUUAUAUAAAAUUUGAUUUAGUAUUUUGGUUGCAGUUUUUGACUACCUACGUCAUAUUUUACUAAGUGUGUUCUUUCAGCAGCUGGCGAAAUACUGGCUUCACGAUCGUAUUUAAAAAUAUACACAACCGGUCAAUCAUUUAAAACUAGGUAAGCCAUAUUAUACAUCAUUAAUUUAUGAAAAUACCUAUAAACUGAUUAAGUCUUUUAUAAUAGACUGACUUAAACAAUAGAAUAAUACCUACUUAUUACAAUAUUGCUCAAUAUAUUACAGUAUAACACUGUUAUCAACUUUUCAAAUAUAGUUCUUUGUGUAUUGAUGUAAUUUCAUUUUCAUAGAUCUAAAUUCUAGUAUUUUUAGCUAAUUAUUUUAAUUAAAUUAAAUUAAUUAAAUUCUUACCCAAUUUAAAGUUCAACAUUAUAAUACAGUUUAACUCAGGUGCGGAUAGGUCCACUGGGACACCGAGAUUUUCCCAAUGAGCAUCUAAUCUAUAUUGCCCAUAUCUAUCUAUAUUGCCAAUAAUGGGCUGAUGAAAAAUACUGUUAUUGGCUAUUGUACAUAAACACAAAUUUUCAAAGUUGAUAAAAAAAAUAUAAUAAUACUCUAUUUUUUAUUUAAAUCCAGUUUAAAUCGUAAUAAAUUAUCAUCACUAGUGUUUAUCUUGGAAUUUUAAUAUUAUUUUUGAGUUUAACACAACUAAUAUACCUUAAUAAAAGUACCUACCUACACUGUACUCAGUAAUCGAACACAGACAUUAUAGUGAAAUUUUGUUUAACUAGUCACUACAUUCUGAUUUUGGCUUUCCGAUGUCAUUUAACAUAAUAUACAUAGUAUUAUGUACUAAUCUAUUUGUAUUUAAAUUCUGGAGUAUAAGCAAGUACAUUUUUCAUAUUAUAAUUUACACCUAUUUAAAUAAUUACAGCUAUUUAUUAAUUUAUUAUCAUUUAUAAAUUUAUAAUAUUAUUAAAUAAUAUUUACAAAUGUACAUAAACUUUACAGUCAUGUAGGUACAUUUCCCUGGCCCCCCUGGUAGUGUUAUUUAAGUGAACAUAUUUGAUUUUUCAUAAUUAAUCGAAUAAAAUUGAAUUCCAAUUAUUUUUUAAAUACUUGAAAUUAGUUGAUAAUAGACUAGGAAGAAAUAGAUAAAUGUAAGCGUGGGCAUGGAGAAUCCUCCUCUGCGAGAUUUUACACCAAAAUAUGUUAGAUAUACAUUUUUUUGUUAAAUAUUAAACUCUCAGUUACUUUUUUUUGUUGAAUCUAGGAUAUGAUCAUGUGGGCUGCUAGAUUCUAUUUUUCCCAAGCCAUUCAGAUCAUGCCUAUCUUUUUUUUUUUACAAAAUUAGUUAUUAUUUUAAAAAAAACUGUUUACAAAAUAUUUAUUGUGUAUAAGUAUCAAUAUUUAACAUAGUUAUACAUAAUAAUCAUAGAUAUUAUGGUGGAUACAUCACACACUAAACUGAAUAUAUUAAGCUUGUCAUAUUCCUCAUAACAUUAAUAUGUUUUUGGUGAUAAUUAUCUUAGUUGGUGAUUAAUGAUUAUAAUCAAGUAUCAACCAUCUGAAUGGAAAUAAUUUUAAUCAUUUAAAAUUUAACUAUUAAAAUAAUUUUUAGUUUAAAUAUGAGUUUUGGAAUCAAUAUAAUACAGCUUGUUUGUCAUGAAAUUUACAUAAAUAAAGGAAAAAACUUCUAGUUUACUGUAAAAUAAAUGUAGAUUUGUUAUUUGUGUUUUAUUUAAACAAAUUAAAUAUUUAAGAAUCUAAUAAAAAUAAUUCACUUGCAAAUCUUCAUUUUUUUUUUUCUAAUCUGACUCAAAUAUCAUUGUAUACUUGGGUUGAAGAUCAUCUUCUUAAUUUUCUUCAUUUGUUAUUGUAUUUAUACAAUAACAAAUACUACAUAGCAUACAAAUUAUUAUUAAAAUAUUAAAAAUAAAAAAAAACUUUACUGAUAUAUAUAUUUAUUAUUUAUACAUAUUACAUAUUAAUAUAAGUACAGUUUUGAAUUAUUAUUUUAUUUUAAUAAAACAUUCACUUGAAACUUAUAAAAUAGGAAAUAAAACAAAAAUGAAUAAUACAAAAAAUUGUAAUCCUGAUGGCAUCUUUUAUUUUAUUGAUACCUAUGUCUAACAAUAAAUUAUAAAGAAAUUAAAUAAAUAAAGACCAAUUUUAUAUUGAUACAUUUGUUUACAUGUUAAUUGAAGGUGGUGGUUUUUGUUUGAUUUAAUUUGAAUAAACCUUGAUUUUUUUUUUUUUUAGUUAAUUCCUUUUGACCUACACAAGGUAUAUAGAUUGAGUAUAAAUAUGUUUUACAGAAUGUCCCACAGAGAUAUAUCCAUUAUUAUAUCUCCAGAGAUAAUAAAGAUGAUCAAAUUUUGUUAUAUUUUUAUAUUCACAGAGAUAAGGACUAUAGGUAAUUUUAUGUAUACCUGUAAACAACCAUAAACCAUUGCUUACGAAAAUAUGAUUCUGAGCGGAGUUCAGUCGAUAGUGAUAUCUUGUCAGCAAUAUAAUAUAUGCCAUAUUACAGUAAAAUAAUUAAAUAGGUUCCAUAUAUUUUCAUUAAUAAUAUGUGUUCAAUGUUGCACUAAUUUCUCCGGUUUUCCUACGUUUUUCCUGGUUUUCCCAUGCUUUUUCUCAGUUUUUCACAUUUGCUAAGAAAACUUCGGAGAAAAUCGAUAAAUGACUUCUCUAAAGUACCUACUUAGUGUUCCUUUUAGAAUAAUUGCUAUCAUUAAAAGUUGGAGCAAAAUUGCUGAUAGAAAAGUUGUACACAAGAAAAAAAUAAAUAUCUUUGUAAAACCUUACUCUAUACUUUAUUUUGUAAAAUCUUCUUCGCUCUACUUAGAAUCUGAAAUCAAUUUGAAUCACUUAAAGAUUCACUUUUGCUAGUGUAAGAAUCGGAUUCAUUAACUGAGUCUGAUUUUUCAAUGUUUAAUAAGUAGAUAACUUCUGAAGGUAAUUUAGAUGGAGACUUUUGGAUGGCUUACCAGUACUUGUUGAUAGAUACAAAAGUAAUAUUUAAAUGUAAUUGUUACCAAUGGCGUAUUGAUAAGGUGGUAUGAUGGGCAAUUAGCCCCAAAUCAGGGACCAAGACAUUUUAAUGUUAUGAUUUAUAAAGUUUGUUGCUUCAUAUGUUUUAUAUUGUGAUCAAAUAAUAUUAUCAUGAUAUUUAUUAAAAAUACUUCCCAUUUAUUAUAGAAAAUAUACAAAAAAAUAAAAAAAUGAUUUUGUUUUAUAAUAAAGAAAUAUGAAUAGUUUUUUAAUCAGAAACCUGAUUAAAAAAAAGAUAUAGAUAUAUAAUUUAGGUAUAUUUUUUAUAACUUUUAAUAAAAUCCAAACACAAAUAUCCACAAAUAGGCGGAUCAUUAUAGUCUUGAAAUCUUCUAGAUGUUAUUUUAAGAAUAUUUUCUCCUAAAUAUUUUACUAAUUAUUUUGGUGGAUUAGCAUUACCAUAAGAAUCAAAAUAAAUUUUUAAAUUUUCAUGUUUUAUCUAUGCAACCCAAUGUGAUAAUUCUUGAUCAGAAUUAUUUAAAUUUAAUAUCACACAUUCUUUCAUUAAAGUUUCUGUAAGUAAUUCAUUUCUCAUAAAACAUCCUCAAACAUUUUUAAUUUUUUCUAACAUAUAAUAUCAAAAUUAAUUAAUGGACUGAUUUUCUUUUUUUUUUUAACAUGGGGUUACUAUUUUCUUCUUUUUAAUUCCAGGUCCAAUUUGUAAAGUUUUAACAUUUUUAACAAUUUUUUCCAUUUCCUUAUUAUGUCUUUCUUGCUCUUUUUCUGCUGCUCUCUUAUGUUUUCCUUCUAUAAUAGUAUUUGCAAUUGCACUAACUCCGCCAACUAAUGCACUUGCAGCUUAUUAUCUACCAAAAACUUCUUCGCUUCACUCAGAAUCUAAAACAAACAUUAAUGUAGAACGAAUACAUUCCUCGAUUCACUUAGAAUCUAACACACAUCAUAUAAAACCUACGUAUGUCUUGUUUUGCGCUCAGAAUCUAAAAAUGCCUAUACUGCCAAUACCGCAGCUAGUUUUUGUCAUUUUGGUUUUCUUUCGUCUUUUGUCGCUUUUGACACUAUUAUGUUACAGCAAACCAAAACACCCAAAUAAAAUAACAAUAUUGAAAAAUAAUAAAUAUUAUUUAUUUAUUUGAUAUUGCAUGAUUAAAUAUUGAUAGAGAAAGGCUUUUAGAAAUCGAAAUUAUAACGAACGUUAAUUAUCGGUUUCAGAUUCAAUUUAAAAAUAGGGCAGUGCUUAUCGGAAUUUUUUCUAUGAAAUUCUAUGUAGAAUGUAGAUAGGUAGAUAUUAUUAUAUAGAUAUAAUUAUUAAUAUAGAUUAUUAUAUAGUUAGUAUUAUGAAAUAUAGUAUACCUAUAUAUUUACUGUGAUUCCGCUAUCAAUAAGUAUAAAUCUAUAUCUGAAUUUUUUAUCCUGUAAAUUAUUUUAAUUAUUUAUCAAACAUUUUUUUUCUAACAAAUAACAACAUUUUAUUUUAAACAGUUCAGACUAUUCGGAGUAAUCUGCUUGUAUACAUAUAUAUAUAAAGAUGGACGAAUUCGGAUGGAUUAAUUCCAAUAAUGAACAUAGUUUAUUGUUCAAUAGCCAAAAGCAACCGCUUAAAAACGAAAACGGCGAUCUACUUGUAUGGGACAGUAAAAGUGAGUAUAAUAUAAUAUAUGAUAUAUAAUUGUUAUUAAUUGAUAUAUUAUAACGUAAUUGAUGUGUAACGUAAAAAAAAAAAUAUAAACACGAACAUUUUUAGAACCAUAUUAAUAAUAGAUUCUAAUAUCCUAUGCUCACGAUAUUUUAGCCGAAGAAUGUAUAUCAGUUCCCAAUUUGGAGGGAAUAUUGAACAUUUUCGGUUACGGGAAACGAGCUACGAGCUCUGACAAGUACGCUCCCAGUUCAUCGAAAGAUUCGUCCGAUCUCAACACAGAACCGAUCGAAGUCAUAACAGGUAAAUAUUUAUGAUAUAAAAAAAAAUAUAUAUAUAUACCUAAUAUUUAUUACUAGCUGUCUCGCGCCCGGCAUUGCCCAUGUCAAUUUGUAUUGUUAUUAUUUUACCCAUGUUCAUUUUUAGUUUUGGCCGUGUUAGAAUUGAAUGAAAACAAAUAUGUGAAACGUGGGUAGGGUGGACUAAAUAUGUUCUAUUGUGAAAUUUCAAUGGUGUAAAUAAUAGCAAUAAUAAUAAUAAUAAUAAUUUUCGUUUUCGUGGCAACCCUUGAAUAAACAAAAAUCUUAUAUAAAUAAAACAAAUUCGGGUUAGUUAUAUUCAAGAAAUGCUGGACCGAUUUUGAUAAUCACAUGAUAUUUUCCGAUUAAUUUAUUAUAAUAAUUAAUCACCAUUUUUUUUAUCCCUAAAACCAGGGUAACACAAAUCAACAAAAAAAAAAUUGUAUUUAUUAUAUUACAAGCUAAAUUAUUUAGUGUUGCUCGUGUAUAUAUGUACAUAAGUAAGCGAAAAUAUUAAAAUCGUGAAUAAAAAUAGUAGGUGGGAGUUGGAGGGUAAAAAACACUUUACGACCUAUUCUCAGACCUACCAGAUAUACAUGAAAAUCAGUAAAGCCAUUUCGGAAGAGUGCGACCACAAACACGUGACACAAGAAUUUUAUAUAUAAGAUUUUAUCAAUUUCGUUAUAAUAAUAUUAUAUUGAUUUGUAUAAAAAUGUUUAUCAACCUAAAUUGUAUAUAAGGGCUGAGCAUGUGAUGUCUCAUAACCCUCCAAAGGAACUGGAUCUGGAACAAGUUCCUUUGAAUAAGGAACAAGGAUCUAGAACGAGUUCUUAUUUAAGAAAAUGAACGGGGAACCGAACGAGUUCCAUUUAAAAAGAAACUUUUCUGACACUGCCCCUUACCAACAUUUAAUAACAUUUGAUAACCAGGGCUCUGAAGUUUUUUAUUGAAUAAUAAAGGAAAAACAAAAUUAUUAAAAUGGUUAAUACUCAUAAAUAAAUAAAGUAAAUAAUUAUAUACAUUUUUAUUUAUAUAUUUAUUUACUCUAUUUUUUCUAUAAAAUAGUAUGUCUGCGUUUUUAAAAUCGCAACAUCCUAAUCACGUUUGAACGCGUGGUAUGUAAAGUUCAAAGUAAAAUUUACCAUUUAUUUUGACAUAAACUAUUGAGAAUAUUAAUUAACUAUUAUAAUAGCAAAUUAUAAAUAUUUUGGAUAUAUAAUAUUGUAAUUUUUUAAUUUCAUAAUAGUUUUGAAAAUUUACGUUUGAAGUUUCAAUUUGUAUAAAAUAACAAUAUGAAUAAAUUGAAUAUAAAUACGGCUCGUGGGGGUAAGAUCUAUCCUCCAUAUCACUCCCCCCUCCGUAAUUACUUCCCUGUACUUUAUUGCAUGAUGAAACCAAAUAAUCUAAUGUACAUUAUUACAUUAUUACACUAAUUUAGCUAAAAUGAAAAUAUCGCUCUAUAAUACAUGUAAAAUGUAUAAAUCUUACGAGUAUAUACUCAUUAUACUUGUAUAUAAAAGGAUAAACUAAGGUAUCGAUGCAUAGCCCCAACCACUGGGUAUAUAUCGUAGUCGAGCACCAAGAAAGGGUUUUUCAAAAUUCAACCCCUAACGCGUUUUUUAAAAUUCAUCUCUUAAGUUGACGCAAGAGGGUUUCCAAAAUAAUUCAAUUUAUUUUUCAGUGAAAUUUUUAAUUUACUUUGCGAGUGCAUACUUAUACAGUUUAUCUAAGAUUAAUAAAUUUAAAAACUACUGGACCGAUUUUUACGUAUUCUUUUGCAAAAUGAUCCCCGUUGUCGUCAGAGGCAGGUUUUUAGCUAGGUAUUGAAAUGUUUCUUCGAUCCGAUUAGUAAACAGCAAAUUAGGACUAUAAAUGUUUUAUUUCUAAGUAAAAAGUUUGUGAGUUAACCGUAGUAUAUUACACGAGACGGCCAACUACUAAUUAACCUGGGUAAUUUUAGGACAAAUGGUCCGACCUCUCUGUAGCCUAAACUAAUGGACUGAUUGUUUUGAAAUUUUCAUGGGUUGAUCAGUGUGUUAAGUAGAUGAUACUUUUAUAAAUUUCAAGUUGAUUGAAUGAUUACACCCUGAGUAAUAUACAAAAGUAUUGGCAUAAUUUUUACUCGAAACGCUAUUUUUUUCAACAAUUCAACAACGUUUGUGUACGCUUUGUUACCAUCUGUUUGCGAUGAAUAAAAAACAAUUUCGUUUAUUUAUUUUAUCGUUGUAUUACUGUAGUAUCAUUUUCCAGCAACAUUCAUAAUAAGCUUUAUUCAUAGAUAUACAUCAUAUAUUAAUUUACUCAAUCCAUAAAACAACAAAGAUAUUUUGUCCCCAAUAUUUCACUCUAUAAAGAAAAAACAGGUUAACUACGAGGUGUGGCUAUUAAAUAACGAGACUGCUCGUCUAGAGGGCGCUCUAGGUAGUGAAAAAAACGAGUAAUGCGUUGGGUAUUUAGAUAUCUUAUCUAUGCACGUACCAAAACACGUUUUCGUCACUAUUACAGUAUUUUUGCAGUAGUGGUUUGAAACGAACGUGUUUUUUUCUCGUGCCGAAAACCAUGUGUGACGAAAAACAUGAGCAACGGAUAAACGUAAAAUUUUCUCGUUAAACUAAAAAAAACUCCAACUGAGUGCUAUAAGUUGUUAAAAGAAGCCUAUAGUGAGGAUUUCCUAUCUCGGGCGCGUGUUUUUGAGUGGCAUAAAUUAUUUUCUGAAGGUCGAGAGUGCACCGGAAUCCAAUUCAGUCGUAAUCCAAAUUCAAAACCGUUUUCUUCGAUAUCAACGGCAUCGUGAUGACUGAAUGGGUUCCAGAGGGUCAAACUGUGAACCAACAUUACUAUUUGACAGUUUUGGCAACAUUGCGCGGAUGAGUUCGUAAGAAACGGUCGAUAUUGUGGAAAAACAAGUCGUGGAUCUUGCACCAGGAUAAAGCAUGAAGUAUUAUUUGGCCGCUUAAGGCACUCCAGUACUCGAACACGCAUCUUACUCACCCAACUUGGCACCCUGCGACUUUUACUUGUUUCCGAAGAUAAAGUCUGCCUUAAAAGAAAUCCGGUUUGAGUCGAUGGAAGAGGUGAAACAAAAAUCGGCGGAACUCCUGAAUGGUCUUACGAAAACAGACUUCCAGCACUGCCUCGAGCAAUGAAAGAAACGAAUGAAACGGUGUGUAGCGUGGGGAGGGGAGUAUAUUGAAGGGGAGCAUUUGAAUAUAAAAUAACUUUUAUAAUAAAACACUUUCGUAACCAGUCUCGUUAUUUAAUAGCCACACCUCGUAUAUACAAAAUUUUUAUAAAAAAAUAAGUGAUAUCCUAACAAAAACCCUCCGUGAACAAUGUGUAUAAAUCUCGUAGAGAAAAAAACUUUAGUUAAAAAAGUUGUGAUAUCAAGUUUGAUUUUUCAAUAUACCAAUAUAUACUAGCAGUGACAUAUUCAAUGCGGACUAAAAAGGUAUCAGCUCUUCCCCCAUCAGUCGUGUUAAAUAGAAAAAAUAAUAAUAUACGUAAACUAUCCAACACCGAAAUUUUAUUCUUAUACUUAUUAUAACAUACAGAGUGAUCCAUUUAAGUGGGUAAACUAGAUACAUGAGAUAUUCCAUUUUUAAAUUUUGGUCGGGAAAGAAUAGUAGAGCAACAUUUGUGUGGUAGCACGGUGCGCGAUGUUUUAAUAAAGCACGACUACUCUCCCCCGACCAAAAUUUUAAAGUAGAAUAUCUCGUCAACGGAUUGACGAAAAUUUAAAAUUUAAAGUUUAAUUUUAAAUCAGCUUGUUUUUUUAAUUAAGAAAAAAAAAUAAAAAAGUAAAUACUUUUCGAGAUAUCAAAUGUACCCACUUAAAUUAUUUACACUGUACACAAAAUAAAAUUCGAUUUAUGUUAACUUUUUAAACUUAAAUACCUACGAAAUGAAACUUUGCACAUUCAGUAUUCAAAGCUAGAGAAAAUCACUAUUACCUCUAAAGAGUUACUGACACAAUUUUUUUGUAUUUUUGGAACAAUAAUUAAACUUUGUUUAUUUAUGGGUUAUCUUGGCAAUAACAAAAAAAAAGUAUUAUAUUUAUUUAAUUUUUCAUGGACAAAAAAGUACCCUUUUUAAGAGAUAAUUUUUACCUAUAGCUGUGAUAAGAUUAUAAGAAUAAAAUUGAACCUGGGCAAUACUGGGUGACUUGGCUAGUAAUUAUUUAUAUAAUGAUCCCGUAUAAACUCACCUUAGAACCAAAUAUGUAAAUGUUUCCCACGUAAACCAAAAAUAACUCGGUGAAUAAAAAACAAAAUAAAACAAUUUAAUAAAUAAAUAAACCUGAAUAUUUAACGAUUGAAUGUAUUACAGAUACGACUAAACUGUUGUGGACCACGCGGACGUCGAGCAAAGAGGACAUGGAGGCCACAAAGGAAAUGCUGGCUUUGGUCAGUUCAAAAAAAUAUCAAAACAUGUUCAACGACAAGUGUACGAUCAAGAUUCAGAUAUGGAAGCGGAUAUACAAAGAGCUGUUGUCCAAGGGUUACCUGAUCGCAGAAUCGACAAAAGAAGGUAGUAUCAAAUGCCACCAAAAAUGGCGUAACUUGGAGAAGUCGUAUCGGAAUUUCUUGAUCAGCUUGACGGACCCUACCAAUUUGAUAGCGAGGAAACCGCCGCCAUUUUUCGACGAGAUGCACAAAAUACUGAAACGGAAAAAAAAGUAUGCAAAUGCCACCGAGACCACUUACACGGUAGUUACGAGCGAGCACGAUUUAGAGACGGAAGAGGAGGGCAGCACUCACGACAACGACAGCACCACCAUGGAUGUCCAGAACUUGCACCAACUCAACGACUCAGACCAACUUGAAGAAGACGUAGACAAGACGAAGGACCGUAAAGUCUGUUAUCUCGCGGUAAAUUCAAAAAACUUGGAAACGUUGACGAAAGCGAGUUCGCGGACUAGAGUUUUCUGCCCGGUCAGUAACGGCACGAGCAGCAGUUCCACAACGUCGGCCACGACCACGAAUCACGUCCAGUCGAGGCCGCAGAAUCCGCCAAACACCCUCGAACUAAUACUGAAACAGAUGGUCCGGUUGCACGAGGAUACGUUGGUCAUGGAGCAGCAGCACUUCGAUCGGGUCGAGAACCUGAUGAGAUGUAACAUCACACAAACGCGGCGGCUGGCCAACGUCAUGCACCAGUUGCUGUACAACAUUCAUACUGAUGAAGACAGCGAUAGCGGUUAGAAGUAUGUCCGUUUAUCAAUGCCGCGGAAAUAAUCUUUUUACGUUUAAAAAAUGUAUUGACUGCGCCAGCUUCCGAUUCCGCCGGACAUUUGAUCUUAUUAAAUUCACUGGCCUUUUAUUUUGCCGAAUUUUUUUACAUACUGAUUCCAAUUUUUGGUAUGAUUCUAGUUUAGCUUACCCGUGAUUUUUUUUAGCUUUUUUCUCAAAGUGUGUAUUUUCAUGUUUAAACCAUCGGUAUAAUCAAAAUUUACCUAAUAUACUUACUUUUAUAAUUUUUGUACAUAAACCUUGAAAAAUA